UGAUUUAAGACAGCAGGCAGAAAAAAAUGGAAUAGACCGCAUGAAGAAGCAUGUGAAGUUGAUUUGUAUGCAAGAUGUUAUUUGGAGGACCAAGUACACUUUUUCAGGCCAUGGAAGAUGAAGGACUAGUCACAUGAUAUUUUUGUUCUGUUGAAGUGUUCUGUGCUAAGUCAGUGUUGGUUUGUAUUGAGGUCAAAUAUUAAUUUCUUAAUGUCAACAUGUCGACUGUGACAAGUGCUCCGACGCCGGAGGAACCUAAUUCUGCCCCCCCUGAAGAAAAACCAAAGGGAAAAUCACUAUUUCAUUUGGGUUCACUCUUUGCUAACAGGAGUGAAAAAUUUGUGAUUGCUAGGAGUGAUAGUGUACCAGAGGAGAACGUUCUGAAAAUCACCAUCACGGAGACUACAGUCAUUGAGUCCGACUUGGGCAUCUGGAAUUCUCACGCUCUCAUCUACCUCACUUUGUGGUUUUUCUUCAGCUUUUGCACUCUUUUUCUUAACAAAUACAUUCUUUCAUUACUGGAAGGAGAGCCCAGCAUGCUAGGUGCUGUUCAAAUGCUUUCAACCACCUUCAUUGGCUGUAUAAAAAUGUUUGUUCCAUGCUGCUUGUAUCAACACAAAACACGCAUCUCUUACCCACCCAAUUUCAUCAUGAUAAUGCUGUUUGUUGGAUUAAUGAGAUUUGCAACAGUAGUCUUGGGUCUUGUCAGCUUGAAAAAUGUGGCAGUUUCAUUUGCGGAAACUGUUAAAAGCUCUGCACCUAUUUUUACUGUUAUCAUGUCUCGGAUGAUAUUAGGAGAAUACACUGGAUUGCUGGUUAAUCUCUCUCUCAUUCCUGUUAUGGGUGGGCUAGCUCUAUGUACAGCUACUGAAAUCAGUUUCAACCUUCUAGGUUUCUCAGCAGCUCUAUCUACUAAUAUCAUGGAUUGUCUGCAAAAUGUCUUUUCCAAAAAACUACUCAGUGGAGAUAAAUACAGAUUUUCAGCCCCAGAGCUUCAGUUCUACACAAGUGCUGCUGCAGUGGUUAUGCUUAUUCCAGCUUGGAUAUUUUUCAUGGAUGUGCCUGUGAUUGGGAAGAGUGGGAGGAGCUUCAGCUACAAUCAAGAUGUUGUCAUACUUCUCUUAAUAGAUGGGGUCUUGUUCCACCUACAAAGUGUUACAGCCUACGCCUUGAUGGGAAAAAUUUCUCCUGUGACUUUCAGUGUUGCUAGUACUGUGAAGCAUGCGCUGUCAAUCUGGCUAAGUAUUAUUGUGUUUGGUAACAAAAUCACAAGCCUCUCGGCCGUUGGGACUGCUCUAGUGACAAUUGGAGUUCUACUGUAUAACAAGGCAAAGCAGCAUCAGCAAGAGACUAUACAGAGCCUGGCCGCUGCCGCCCCGCCAGCUGCACAAAGUACAGCUGAAGAUACUGAGCCACUAAUUUCCAAGGAUUUGGAACCCUAUGAUUAAUACAGCCAUUUAUUCUUCCUACCUAGUGUAACUCAGAGCAACUCUUCCUGAAAGUGGUUGUUUCUUCACCUGUUUGAUGCUGAUUUGGUUCCUCUGAGUUCAUGGCAGGGGGAGCCCGGGACUUUAAGCAGAGAGAGAACAAUGGGAAGAAUCCAGUAAGCCUUCUCUUUCCUGAGAAACUGGUACACCAGAGGACCUUGUAUCAUAUGAUGUGGUAAAUGUGGACUUUAUUGUCGUUCCUUGACUGCAAAUAA